CGACAGGUGGUCGGCGACUCGACCCAGCUAUUCCGACCGAACAUCGACUUCUCAUCCUCAUCAUCAGCCGCUAUCGUGCUCAAGCAAGAACGAUAUGCAGUGCUUUGUGUUGAAGUGGUCGUGGUGACAUGGCGUCUGUGUUUUAAAUGUUGUAGAAGGUGUUAAUACAUUAAAAAUUUUGUUUAUUUACAAUGAAUGUGAAUUAUGAUCGUGUUUGUAGACUGUGCUUGUCAUCUCGAUGCGAAUUACUACCGAUAUUUCCUACCACCAGUUCGGAUGACUCGGAACCUCCUGUCCUCGCUUCGAAAAUUAAAGAUUGCGUGUCAGUGCAGAUAAGCGAAAAUGACGACCUGCCAACUAAUGUCUGCAGGAAAUGCAUGGACAAUGUUAAUAACUGGCACAUAUUUAAGACUGUUUGUGAAAGGACACAAAACAAGUUACAGUCUCUUGUAAAUAAGGAGAGCAACCAACUAGAAGAGGUGAAAAUUAAAAGUGAACCCUUAUCUGAUGAAGCAUAUGAUGAUGGAGUGGUUAUUGAUGGAUCAUACCCUGAUAGUGAGAAUGCCUCAUCAAGUAGAGUACAACCUGAAGGACCACCUAUUUUGGCAUCACUGGGGCUCACACCGAGAAGUGAUAAGGGAAUGGAGAGUGAGAAAGAUGAAGAAUAUGAAGACGAGGAAGAAAUGAUGGAGCAGCAGCAAACAUUUACGCACAUGCCUAAUAUGCCUGAAGUUUCGAUUACUGUCAUGCGCCCAUCAGGAGAAACUCUUCAUGCCCGCCAAGGUAUUCAGCAGCUUGCAUCUAAGGAUUGUCUAGUGUGCGGCCGAUCCUAUAGGUACUCUCAUAAUGCUCGACGACAUGAACUUACAGCUCAUAAUUUCGAUAGAUACACCAACAAGAUUAAUGCAAAGAAAUCUCACGCUCACAUGCAACCAAAAUUCAGGCCGAAUCCAUUCAACCCUAAGGCCAGAUUAAUGCCAAAUCCUAUAAGCCACAAAAUGCAAUUUCACUCGAAAUCGAUGCCACCUAAAAUGAUGCCUCAGAAGAUCAUUGCACCACCAAAGCCUAUACCAAUAAGAACAGGGAAAAAUUCCCAAAACAACUUACCAUACCCACUUCGCAUUAAGGCUCUUAAAGAUUUGCAAAUUAAGAAAAAAGAACCUCAAAUUUUAAAGACAUUAUUAACUGCCAAGCCAGAAGUUCUAGUUUCGGAACCUGAAAUAAUUAAUUCGGGGCCCGAAAGUCCAGAAACAUUAAUUUCGGAGCCAGAAAUUGCCUCAUUUCAAGUAGAAGCAAUUUUAUCGGAGCCAGAUGGUUUUGUUAAUCAACAUGAAGAUGACGAAAUUGAUGAUGAAAACAAUCAAGGACAAAAUUAUGACACUGUCGAUAUGGAUUCGGAAAAUGAGAUUGAGAUAGCUCGUCAGCAAGAAAAUGAUAUCCAAGGCGAUGAAAAUCACGAAGUUCACGAUGAAGAAAAUACUCAAGAAGAUGAGAAUAACAUGGAGGAGACAAAUGACGAUAAUGAAAAAGAGAACCGUGAAGAUAAUGGCGAGAGUCAAGAUAAUAUGGACGUAGAAAAUAAUAUUGAGGAAGAAGCCGACGCAGACGAUGAUAAUGCCAAAGAAAAUGAUGAAGAAAAUGGAGAAAAAGAAAAUGAUGAACAAAUCAUCAAUCAUGAAGAAAAUGAGGAUGACGACGAUUUGCCACCUAUGAGUAUAGCACCCGUUGUCGAAAUUAACGAGGAUUUGCAAACUAAUUCUUAUAAUAGUGAUGGAAAUGAAGAACUUGAUGAAACUGUAGAUCCAAAUGAUGCAGUUGAUGGUGAUGAAGGUGAAAAAGAUGUUGAUCCCGAUAAAGUUUAUAUUACAAAAACGCAAAGAGAUUUUAUUCUCAAAUAUCGUGAUAUUAUACAACAAAUUAAUACAAAGCGCUGUAUUUGCUGUAACAAAGAACACCCUCGACGAAAAGCAGUUAUACAACAUUUACAGAAAAAUGGACAUAAAGUUCCUAAACAUACAUGUUACAAUUGUGUGGUUACUUUUACACAUAUUGGGGCUCUGCUUAGUCAUAUGAGAUCAAAUACGUGUACUGAUCUUUGGAAAAUAAUAUACAACGAAAAUGGUAUCACUGAUGACAUAGUUUUAGAAGUUGAACCUAAAGACGUCAAGGUUCAGUACAAAGAUAUACUUAAUGCUAGAUCUUACGCAUGUAAAUUAUGCCCUGCGAAAUUUCAAUUAAAGCAAUUCAUUAUGAAACAUGUUCUUGAUGUACAUGAAGACGGUCAAUCUCGUUUUCCACAUUCCUGCGUACAUUGUGGUUUACGAUUUAAAGAAAAAAGUAUAGGCAAGAGACACAUACGUAAUGGAGAUUGCACAGUUGAAAUCUGUUGUGAAUUGUGUUCCGAAAAGUUUUUGAGCUUGCAAGAAUUUAAUGACCAUGCUGUAGCUAUACAUGCAGGCAGUUUUGAUCCUGAUAAUCAGAGCAAGUGUGUCGACGGUCGACCUACAGAUUGUCCAAUAUGUGGCAAGAAGAAUAGUAGUUACCCGAAUUUGGUUAAACAUUUAAAAAUAAUACAUAAUGAGGAAAAACCUCAUCACUGCCAGCAUUGUGACGCUAAAUUCGAGCAAACUGCUGAUCUUAACAAACAUAUUUAUAUGGAACAUUCUGAUAGAUCUCUAGGUAUGCAUACUAAUGAACCUGAUAUAUCUCUUGUAAAAGAGGAAGCUGAGGAGUAUCACUAUUCUUGUACAGAAUGUAAUGCUAUUUUUGAGACCGUUGAUGCUUGGACGGAUCAUCAGGUUGCGGAACACAAUCAGGUCGCUCAUCACUGCGACCAAUGCGAAAAGAAAUUCUUGCGUCCAUCAGAACUUGCAGAACAUAAGAAUACACAUUUGCGAGUUAAAUUCUAUCCUUGUAGCAUUUGUUCAAACUCGUACAGUACUCCGCAAAAGUUAUCUGAACAUGUCCAACAAGCCCACCCAGGAGCGAACACACGGGGUGGUGAAUCUGAAUUUUUCUGUGACUUAUGUAUCCGAUCAUUUAAAAGCCGUCAAGCAUAUUCUAAUCAUAUGCGCAUUCAUUCCAAAGUGCCUACCACUAAUAGAAAACCAGGAGAAACUAAAGGUUUCGGGCCUCAAAUUAUCGGAAAACCUAUUCGUCAUUUCUCUAUGCAACCUGGUUUUAGUCCUUAUGUUCCAAACGCACCUUAUUGUUGUGAUAUUUGCGGUAAAGGAUUCAUGCACAAGAAAAAUAUAUGGAAACAUAAAAAGGUGCUGCACGCGGAUCUGCUUAAUGAUAGGAACGAUAGUGAAGAGAACACUAUGCAAGCUUCUACCGAAGAAGAUGAUUAUAAUGUUGAUGAAAACGGUGCGAUUUUGUCGACUCCACAAUUUGAUAGUUUUAAUUUCACAAAUCUAACUAACAAUAUGCAACAGACAUCACAAGAUGCUUUGCCAUACUCCUGCGAAUUAUGCUAUAAAAGAUUUCCGCUUAGAACUAGUUUAUGGAAGCACAAACGCGCUAAACAUGGAAUUAUAAAUGCCAGUGCAAGUGGUGCUUCUGAAACCCAAACACAGUCCUCGAAUGAAGGCCGAUCGAGUUGUACUAUUUGUAAAAUUACUUUUUCAGACAAAAAAUCAUAUUAUCGUCAUAGAAAAAAUGUCCACAAGUCAACUGUUCAAAUGUGUAAAAUAUGUGGAAAACCUCUUAACUCUACUUUAGAACUUUAUGAACAUCUGAAAGCGGCACAUGCCCGAGAACUUCUUGGUUAUAAUGCGAAUCAAAGCUCAAGCAAAUCACAAGACAUGAAUCAAGAAAUGGACAUUGAAUACGACGGUGAUCAAGAUUCAGUCGAUCCUAGUGUUGAUUAUCAAGCCCGCUAUCCCUGCGACACGUGUGGGAAACAAUUUGUCGGAUUAUUGGCUCUACAAAAUCAUCAGUGUAUCAAUCAGAUACAAAACCAGCCUCAAACGUUUGAUUGUGAAAUAUGUCACAAGAGUUAUACUUCUAUUGCUGCCUUAAAGAGCCACCGAGGCUGGCACCUACGUUCUCCUGAUGGUAAAGCCGCAGCAAAUAAUUCUGGACUUUGGAUGCCUCAAAAUAAAGUAACAAGUAAAGUUAGUAAACAUGAAGUAGUGGAUGCUGUUCCAGUUCCUCCUAAAACAUCAACCUCGACCCCAGCCACGUUGGCCAAAAGGAGAUUGCCUCCAGAAGUAGAAGUGACAGUCGUGAAUCCUAAUAAAAAAUUGAGAUCAGAUGAUUCUAUCGAAAUGGAUCAUCAGAACAAUUUAUCAGGGGGAGCCGAAGACCGAUACUGCAAUCUUUGCGAUAAAGAAUUUACAAAGCGAGCGGCAUACCAGCGUCAUAUGGAUGAAGUUCAUCAGCCGAACUCUGUAUUUUGUCCCGUCUGCGACAAGAGCUUUACGCGGAAAUCCACUCUGAUCGUACAUAUGAAGAAACACUACGAGGGCGGAGAAGGAAGUUCUACACAAAUGGAGGAAGACGUACAAGCGUGCGAAGUGUGCGGCGCCCAAUUCGAUACUGUAAAGGCCUUGAAUUCACAUCGGGCUUUACAUCACGGCGAAGAAUCCGCGGAGUCCGAGGACGACGGUGGAGCCAUAGCCGCGCCCCCCGGCGAGUUCACGUGCGGCCAGUGCGGCGACGGCGUGGCCACUCCGCGCGAUCUGAUAGCCCACCGAACGAUGCACGCGACUCCUACUAAAUUUUUUUGUAAUAUCUGCAAGGUUUACUUUGCCCGAGCUCUUGAUUUGUCCUCCCACACCCGAGCCAGACACUCGGACAACGAGAAGGUAUUCUUCCCCUGUGCUAUGUGCGACCGGUUCUAUAUGAACAAGAAGAGUUUGCAAAGGCACAUUGAAAUGGCGCACUGAUCCUUGUUUUAAAAUUCAAUAUUAAAGGACCAUGAAAAUAUAUCUAUCCGUGACUUAAGUGUAUGGAGUUUUGUUAUGACAGUGGUCAAACUGAGUGAUAUUAAGUGUCAUUUUCUAAUUGUAUAUAUUUCAGUAAUCGUCCCGAUUACCUGAUCUGUCAGUUGCAUGGUACUGAAGGUUUUUUCUUAUAAUAUUUAUGUUGUCAUUCCUUUGUAUGCCAUUUGGCGAGUAGAAUUUUAAUUAUCCAUUUCAUUUGCUAUUUUAAGUCUUUGCUCACUUAUAUUGUUAUUUAUUUUAUAAAUUUACUUUUAUGAUUAUCGUUAUUAUUCAUAGUGGCUUAUGAAUGAGCUCGCAUUGAAAACAAUGAAUAGGUUUAGUGAUUAUAAUUAUUAUUGAUAAUACCGUGGCAUGUAAGUGAAAUGAUUUUUUUUCUUAUCUUAUAUUUUGAAUAUUGGAAUUGGGCCAAAAUUUUUAAAUCAGUCACUACAGUGUUAAAACUUUAUACUUGUAAGAAUGACAUGUUUCCUUAAUAUUAUAUUAAUUAAUAUUAUAGUUUGCGUAGAUCGUCGAUAUUGUUUAGUUUUAAUUUCUUUUCGGUUUUACUCUUAGCAUGUAAAUAAACAUCUUAAAUUGAUUUCUAAUUAGGACUUUCAUUAUUUCGAUUGAGGAAACAAAGGUCGGAUUAAGUUUUAUUAAAAUGUACUGAUUAUUUUAUAGUAAUUUGAAAUGUAUAUUUUAUACAAACUAAAUUAACCACCAAGGACAUAUUUCCUCAUCUAUGGUUAAUUAUUUAAAACGGCCUAAUUAUAUUAUUUAAUAUAAUAUGCUUACGAUUACUCGUUCAUUGAUACUGUACAUCUUUUUUUUUUAAUCUGAGCAUGUAAUGUAACCAAAAAAGAAUCCAGCCAGUAUCAAAAUACAUUAAUUUUUCGCAUGUCUAAAAUUUUCCUAUUACAUAACAAAUGUACCUUUUUAUUGUAUAACAUAAUCACCUUAAUAAUAGUGCCAAAAAUUUGAGUUAUCUUAGCUUAAGAGAAAUUCUAUCUAAAAUAUGUUCCAGAACUGGCUUCAUUAAAUGCAUUUAAAUUCGAUUACUUAACAUGGUGGUACCAAAUGACAUUUUAAAAACCACAGAUUAUAUACAUCACUACGUUUUGUAAAAUGUAACAUAUCUAUUUUUUUUAAUAUUGCUUUCAUCACUUGGUUAAUUUAUGUAUAGAUAAUCAGUUGAAGGGACGAUAAAAGACAUCAAAAUCUAUAUUUAUAGCAAUAAAUAUGUACCUGUAUGAAUCUACUUAAAAUCAAUAUUUUACUUACGUUUUAUACCCACAUUGCUGAUUAUAAAAGUAUUAAUAAAUUAUGCAUUCGCUUUGGCUUUUAAAUGGCUCUUGAUUAUAAAAUAAAUCAAAACGCGACUUUCCAAGGCAAUAAGCGCGAUAGAGCUCAUUAUUACAAUUUUAUUUCAGGUGUCUUAUUAAUCUAGCGCUUUAUGGCGCUUGAUAGUGUUACAGUGUAUAUAUAUGAUUGAAAUAAGUGGUUUUAUGAAUUAUAUUUCUACUUUUAAAUAUUCACAUAUAGUCUUGCAUUGUUCAUUUUAAGACAAGAGUUAAUGGCAACUUCACACUCACGUUACGUGAUUAUUUUUACUAAUUUGAUUUCGAGAUAAAUGAAACGAUUGUGUAAAUAUAAUAUAAUAAGCUGAUUGAUUCUGAAGUGCCCAUGUUUGCGAUUAUGUAAAAAUAUAUGAUAAAAGUACGAAAAGUUUGACUUAUAUAAAAGGAUUUAUACGACAAAUCAUUGUUAGUGUACAGUUUAAAGUAAUUUAGGUGUUUUUGUAUAAAAUUCCCGUCGACGUAAAUUUUAAAUGAUAAUGUGCUUUGAUGAUGAAAGAAUUUGUCAAAUUAAUUUAAAUUAUAAAUUGAAAUUUUACACCUUAAUUAUGAAUACCGUGUUAACAGUGUAUUAAUAAUACCUAUAUAUUUGUCCAUAGAUGAGGUUUAUUUUUGUCAUCUUUGUGGUUUCAAUAAAGUGACUUA